CCAACAGCAGCGAGUGUCAGGAGAUAGCUGGGUGGCAGGGACAGGGGGAAAGGGGCUUUUCUCUGUGGCCACCUGGGAAACAGCCAUGUAAGAUCAGUGGCUUGUCAAGACAGACUUACAGAAACAAUUCCAUUUAACGACCCGGUCAUCCAACUUUGUAACACAGCAGCAUCCAUCCUGGAGGAAAAUCUGUAUUGAGUGAAAUCCGAGAAGAAGCAAGUGGAAUAAAAGAAGGCAAAAUCGAGUUUUCUGCAAAGUGUGGCGUGCGCCCUGGAGCUUCAUGGACACGCGCAGAAAAAACCAAAGUAACUCCAAAAGAAGAACACCCCACAAGUUGCGCACCAAGGAUAUCUCCAAUCAGCUUUGAUGUCAGGUGAAGGUGAAGUCAGACUGACGGAGGUUGUAUCUUUAGCCAGGUAACAGACUAAACUUAACGUUCUCAUCGGGGCGGUAUUGGGCUGCGGGGAGCCAUGAGUGGCGGGCGCUUUGAGUUCGACGACGGCGGAGCUUACUGCGGAGGCUGGGAGGGGGGCAAAGCCCACGGCCAUGGCAUCUGCACCGGACCCAAAGGCCAGGGCGAGUUCUCCGGCUCCUGGAACUACGGCUUCGAGGUGGUGGGAGUGUACACCUGGCCCAGCGGGAACACCUACGAGGGCUACUGGUCGCAGGGGAAGCGUCACGGCCUGGGAGUAGAGUCCAAAGGACACUGGAUUUACAAAGGGGAAUGGACUCAUGGCUUUAAAGGGAGAUAUGGCAUCCGGAUCAGUGUUGGCAGUGGUGCCAAGUAUGAAGGAACAUGGAAUAAUGGGCUUCAGGAUGGAUAUGGAACAGAGACAUAUGCUGAUGGAGGUACUUUCCAGGGUCAGUUCACGGGUGGGAUGCGGCACGGCUAUGGGGUCCGGCAGAGCGUCCCUUAUGGCAUGGCAGCAGUCGUCCGCUCCCCUCUUCGUACCUCCCUGACCUCCCUUCGCAGCGAGCACAGCAACGGCACCGUCUUGCAGCAAGACGUCCCCACGAUCACCACCACCAACGCCUCGGGCGAGGAGACGCCCGUCGCCACCCCUACCCAGCUGGGACCGUCCCGCGGAGGCUUUGCUCUCACUCUACAGGUGGACCCAGAGGCUGUGAAACCCAAAAAGAAAGGCCUGUUCAACAGGAGCUCCCUGCUGGGUAAGCUAAAGAAGUCCGACUCCAGUACCUCGCUGUCCAGCCAGAAGAGCAAAAUCAGCUUCCUAAGGACGGAGUCGGCUCUCAGCUCCAACGCCAGCGACACCAACUCCACCAUCAGCAUCGGGGACGAGAGCCUGGCCGGAGCCGAGGAUUUCCCCCCAGUGGAGGCCGACAUUGACGCCACCACCACAGAGGUCUAUAUGGGCGAGUGGAAGAACGACAAGCGCUCAGGAUAUGGAAUAAGCGAGAGGUCCAGCGGGCUGAAGUACGAGGGCGAGUGGCUGAACAACCAGAGACACGGCUACGGCUGCACCACCUUCGCUGAGGGAGGGAAGGAGGAGGGCAAGUACAUGAACAACUUGCUGGUGAAGGCCAUGAAGAAGAGGGUGAUCCAGCUGAAGGGAACCAAGAUCAAGCAGAAGGUGGAGCGGGCGGUGGAGGGUGCUCAGAGGGCUGCAGCCAUCGGCAAGCAGAAGGCAGAGAUCGCUGCUUCCAGGACGACCCAUGCCAAGGCCAAGUCCGAUGGGGCGGAGCAGGCGGCCCAGGCCUCCAACAGUGAGUCCAGCAUUGCCAGACUGGUGGCCAAAGAGCUCUCCCCUUCCUUCUACCAGCCAGGACCUGAGUACCUGAAGAAGAGAGUGUUACUGGAGGUCGGGGAGGGAAGUGAGAACAUAGAGACUGUCAUGCACGAGCCGCUGCUGGCCGAGGAGGAGCCCCUGCCCACGCCGCCCGAAAGCCCACUCAUGAAUGAACUGGACACCCUCCUGCCCGGCUCGUCCCCAGCCCGCACCCCCUCCCCCAGCCCAGGCUUCAUCAGCAAGGAAGAGCCCAAACUCCUCAGUCCAGGAAGCUGGAACGAAGACAGGAGCAUUAAAGGUGGUGGCAGUAAGGGUAGCAGUAAAUCCAACAGCAGGCCCAACAGUCGCCCCACUACCCCGUCGACCUCUGCUCCUGCCUCGGCUGCACCUGAAGGCGGAGGGGCCCCCGGCAGCCGUGGCCCCUCUCGCACCCCCAGCCGUCAGAGCAGCAAGAUAGAGCAGGGCUCGGACCUGGAGAUCAAGCCCCUGCAGAAGUUUGACUCCGAGGUGAAAGCUCCAGAUGUCCCGCCUGCACCAGCUGCCCCGGUAAGGAACAGCCUCAUCUUACCAGAUGAAGACGAAGCCCCGCGCCCCAUCUCCAAAGUGUCCUCCAAAGCUGUCCCCCCCGAGCCAAAAAUCAACGAGGUCAAAACCGAAAGAGCUCCAUCGGUCCAGGAACGAGCGCCGUCCGUCUCCGAGAACAGAGUGGAGUCCAGGGAGGUGAGCAGGCCGUCCAGCAAAGCAGAGACAAAGCCGUUGCCAAAGCGGCAACCCAGCCCAGCGCCGUCCCCCAAACCCAGUCUUGAACCUAAAACAGUACCAAAGCAAGUGGAAGACAAAGCCAUUGUUGUCAAACCAGCCUCAAAAGUGGAGCUCAAAACAGAAGCCAGACCAAAGGCCAUGGUGUCAAGCCCAAGUCCUACGGUGACUGCCGAGUCUUUGGAGCUGGAGGGCCCAAACACCAUUAUGAUCUGCAUGGUCAUCCUGCUGAACAUCGGGCUGGCCAUUCUCUUUGUCCACAUUUUGUCAUGAGACAUUGUCCACCACCUCAGGUCACCAGUGGUGUUGGAGCGAGACGGCCUGCCUCCUCCUCAGUUAGGACCAGAGAUCAAAGAUGGCCGCCGAGGACUCAAAGACGCCUCAUACAGACAAAGAGUUUGGGUUGGUGUGACUGUGUGAGGUUCCGUGAAGCUCCUCUCUUUCCACAGGUUUGAAAAACUGAGGGACAUGAACCGGAUUCAGUGCAUCUGAAUAGGAUGGUGUGUGUGUGUUGAAGUCGGGGCUGGAUGGUAGAGUGUGUUCUCAGUGUUAACACUGGAGACGCUCAAGAAGUCAAUGCAUCUAUCGUCACAGUGUGUCACAAGUGUGUGCAAAAAUAAUAAGUCAAUCCUUAACUGGCACACUGGCUGAUUAGACAAUCUCAGUAGGCAAUUACACUCUGUCACAAGACAGGUUUGUAUGAUGAAGGAAUGUUGAGAACAUCCUGUAUGCAGAUUGAAUAUUCUCUCUGCUGUCAUCUUCACCGAUGACAGAAAUUCAACUGCAGCGGACGUGGAGGAGAUUUAUGAGUUAUAACUGCUACUAUCAAUUUAAUAAUCUGCAAUGUCCACUGUGUGGUAAAAAAUCUGAAAGUUCAUUAAGUAGGAGUCUAAAAUAAAGUAAAUACUGCAAAGUACUGCAAACUGUAACCCAACGCUGCAUAAAAAGCCACUUUGUUUUCAUCUUGUUGCUCUUCGGUGUCUUCAGACUCCGAAGAAUCUAGUUACGUUUUGACGAUAGCAUUCUAAACUGGGGUGUACUACACUGUGAAACUUUCUAUUUUCACUGGGAUUUAUUUGCAUUUGUUGUCAUUGUGCUGCGAAACCAAUUAGAGAAGGGAAAUAGGAAGCUUAUGAGUGUCGAUGUACUGGAUGUUCCUGUGGUGGUUCUCAUGCACCCAGGUGGUUUUAAGUGAGAGGGGUAUGUUUUGCAAUAGAAUGAGCAAGCAGGAAAAAGCUUAUUUAAAACGAUCACUGUAUGUUGUGCUAAGGUUUCACAAUCUACGUAUUUGUAUUAAUGCAAGCGUAGCAGCGGGAGGUGGGUUGGGUGUUUGCCUGUGAUCUAUUCAUGUGUUUCAGUGUUAACAUCUGGCGUCUCUUGUUGCACACCGCAUCAUAUCCAGGGCCUGUUGUGCUUCAGAGCCAAAUAUGACUUCAAUUUUUGUACGCAUGAGGGCACUUUGUGUGUAUGUGUCUGUUUUUGUACCGUUCUGAAGUGCACAUCUUUUCAGCAUUCAAAAUAUUCUGUUGGAUUUUUUUCAGAGGUAAAUACGCAACCCUA